AUGGAGAACGAUUCACAGUGUUUGUUUGCUGAUGUCAGUGGAUGUACUGGAACAACUACGUCUUGUCGUUAUUUAUGUGAAACCCCUUCUACUACUGAAGAUUCAUCAUAUUUAUAUGGAGCACAAACAAGAAUUGAGAGUCUUUUGUUGUACUACGGGAAAUUCGACACAACUCCACACAACAUCGAGAAGUAUCACGUGUGCAAUGGUCACUUGUUGUCGAUUCAACCAUCACUUUUCAAGAAUUGCUGUUUGUGCAAACCUUUAGGUCGUUCAAAAUGCAGUAAAAGCGGACUCCGCACAAUAUCGAAGCUGUAUGCAUUUGCAGCAUGGAAAAAAAAUGCAAUUCGUCGUUCAUUUGGACGGAAAAUGUGCACACAGUGCCGCAAUAAUCUUGAAAAAUAUUUUUCGAAUGAUGACAUAAAAAGAGAAUGUGAUGAAGUUUUCCAAUGGUUAUAUGAUCCUGGUCUUACUCACACUUCAUCAGCCGCCAGUUCUGAUUAUCAAGAUCGUUUAUCUGAAUCUUUCCAUCAGCUAAUGGCAGAGCAAAAGCAAGACUGCUUGAAAAAUCUACUUGACGAAAUUGCUUUUCAAGGGACACUGCUAACAACAGCGUCAUUCGUCAGUCUUCAAUCAUCAAGCAAAACACGGUUUAUACGAAAGGCAACCAAGGUUUUGAAAUCCAUUUUGGGUAUUAUGGCGCCAAACGAUAAUGUUGAUGAUGUGUGGAACGCCGGCAUCGAAAACUUUAAAUUUCCAAUUAACCAGAGUUUGGAUAAAAACUCACAUUUGAUAUUGACGAGCUUUGCUGAAGCAUACAAUAAUGCAUGCCAUUGGACAGUUCGUCAGCAAAUUUUAUCGAUAAUUGCAAGAGAUGUCUCGCUUCAAACUCUCCUCGUAUACAUUCCUGGUGUAACAAAGUAUCGUUUUAUUCGAGCCAGAAAACAUUGUCUUGGUGAAGGAAAAGGUGUAGUCGUUGACAUUACAAGGAAUCCAACCGUACGGUAUGACGAUUAUCAAUUAUCACACUUCAUUGAAUUCAUAGUUUCACCUCAUAUAUGUUCUGAUCUUCCUUUUGGCGAGAAACAAUUGAAAUUGGCUACUGGCGAAGUACUUAUUAUUCCGAUGACAAUUCGUAACUUGGCACCAAAACGCAUUAUUGAUCAGUAUUAUAAAUAUUGCGAAGAAUAUUAUGGCAAUUCAUUUCGUCCAUUGGGUGAAAGCACACUUUUCUCGAUACUCCAUGAAUGUACCGCAUCAACACGUCGGUCUCUUCAAGGUUUAGACAGUUAUUCAGCUGAAGGAUCAACAGCGUUUGAUUGUUUAAUUUCAAUUGUGGAAGAGCUGUCUGCACUAGGUUUGCCUGCACAUCACGUAGCUUCUUUGAAGAAAGAUCUUCAAGAGAGCCGAAAUUAUCUGAAAUCCGAUUACAAAGUUCAUGUUUCAUGUAGCAAUCAAGUAGCCGAUCAUUGCACAACAUAUGCGCUUAGUAGCACUGAUAAUAAGUGUUGGAAUCAAACGUGCGAUCACCACCAUGACCAACAAUGUGAUCGAUGUGAAUUAUUGAAAAUCAGUUUGGCAAAAAUUGAAAUGUUCAUAGAACAGUACCAGAUGGAUUCAUCUUUACGUGAUCGUCUUCUUCAUCGGUUGAAACAACAAACUCAAUAUAUUUUGGAGUGGAAAGCGCACCUUUUGCGUACUAUUCAUCAAGACCAACCUCGUGUGAACAUUUUAGAAAAUCUUGAUCACGAAACUGCCAUAAUUCACGUAGACUGGGCAAUGAAAUGGCUUCCAACGAAGUAUAGAGAAUCUACUAAAGAUCAUUUUGCGAAGAGAGGCUUAUCUUGGCAUCUUGCUUACGUAAUUCGCAAUAAUUCUCAAGUAUCGGCAAGCUCUCUUGAUGAAUCAUUUAAUUCACAACCAUCAAUCCAUAGUCAAAAUCCAGAUAACAACAAGUAUGAACAUAAAGUUUUUUGCCACGUUUUCGAUCAGUGCGUUCAAAACGGAAAAACUGUCGUUUCAAUCAUUCGUCAUAUAUGUUUACGUCUUCAACAGUCAUCACCAAAUAUCAAAUUUAUCCAUUUGAGAUCCGAUAAUGCUGGAUGCUAUCAUGGUGGCGAGGCGUUGCUAAGUCCUGUUCAAUUGUUCAAAGAGACAGGUGUAUGGAUAAAAUCUAUCGAUUUUUCUGAUCCUCAAAGUGGAAAAGGACCAUGUGAUCGAUUAGCAGCUGUCAUCAAGUGCUUCAUUCGUCGAUUCAUUAAUGAAAAAAACGAUUGCACCAAUGCCAUCGAAUUUAUCAAAGCUGCAGAAAAUACAAAAGGCGUUGAAUACUACGUAUGUGAAUUGGAGCAUGUGCACACUGAUAAGAUCAAAUGGAACGGCGUGAAACAAAUCAACAAUAUUGAGUACAUACAAGGUGAAAGAGAGCAAUCUGUUGAAGCAUCAACGAAAGUUCGUAUGUGGCAAUCUUGGAAAAUUGGUCCAGGCAAAGUAUACCGAUGGGAAGAUUUUGAAAAUGUUGUUGUUAAAAUUUGUCCUCUAAAAAUAAUUGCAUCCAAAAAUGUUGCAAUAUCAUGGGUUGAAGAUUCCAGUGAAAAAGGUGUAAAUGAUAUCAAUCAUGGUUCGGAUAGUAGCAGCGAUGAUACAGAAACAAAUGAAGACGAAACUGAUGAUCUAUCAGACACGAAUCAAACGUCUGAUAAUGAAUUAUUUGGAUGUCCUGUCGACGGCUGUGUUGCUAGUUAUCGUUACUAUACUCAUCUUCUUCGUCAUUGUACAAUAGGAAAACAUCAAAUGAAGCUUGAAAAAUACUCACUCAUCGAUAAAAGCAAAAUGCUUUUUCAUCAAAAGCUGACAACCAACACUCCACAUACGACACCUUUGUUGUCCAUUACUGUAAUUCCUUUUGUUAAUAAUGCAAUGAUCCCUCAGCUUACUGAAGGUUGGGCUUUACAAAAGAAUAAACCAACGAUUCGUUUCAACGAGAAACAAAGACAAUUCCUCCAAGAAAAAUUUAACCAAGGCGUUGAAACAGGGAUGAAAUGGGAUCCAGCAAAAGUUGCAUUGGAAAUGGAAACAUCAACCAGUAAUGGAAACUAUAUUUUCACUAACGAUGAAUGUCUUACGCAAGGUCAAAUAAAGAGUUAUUUUUCCCGUUUGGCCGCGAAACGACGAACUGCUCACCCAUCACCCGAUGGGAAUACAAACUCAAGUGUCAAGUCAUCUCCAUCUACAUUCACCAGCACAAUAGAAAAUAACAAUACUCAAUCCGAAUCUUUAGCUGAUGUAGAUGAAUCAAGCGACGAUGACGAAGUCGAUAAUGAACGCGAUUUGGAAAUUUACUCAUGGCGCAAUAUUCUUGAUGAAGCUCGUGGUAUCAUCGAUCGUACAUUGAACUCUGCUGCCACUGCAUCGCCGAGCACAACACCGACAACCAAGCGAAAGUCAAUAGUCGACAUCUCAAAGCAAAACAAGCAUAAGCACAAAUAA